AACUAACUCAAAUAGAAUUUACGGAGUCCUUUGUUUGUGCACAUAUAUAUACACAGAGAUAGGCAAACACAGAAUCUGGGAGUGUUAAAAGGUAGGAAAACAUGCCUGGGAGCUUAGAGCCGUUGGACCUGGGUGUCCAGAUCCCAUAUCAUUUCAGGUGUCCGAUCUCUCUUGAGCUUAUGAGGGACCCGGUCAUCGUCGGCACCGGUCAGACCUACGACCGUUCAAGCAUCGAGUCAUGGGCGGCCACCGGAAACACCACCUGCCCCGUCACCCGACUUCCUCUUACCGACUUCACCCUCAUUCCUAACCACACCCUACGCCGCCUCAUCCAGGAAUGGUGUGUCGCCAACCGCUCCUACGGUGUGGAGCGGAUUCCAACGCCAAAACAACCGGCGGAUCCAGUCAUGGUGAGGUCGUUGCUCAACCAGGCGGCCUCUGAGUCUAAUUCUAGACAUGCCAGGCUGGCCGUCCUUCGUCGCCUCCGUGGGCUGGCACGUGACUCGGAUAAAAAUCGUUCGGUGAUCUCAACGCAUAACGCACGUGAGGUGCUGCUUGGGGUGUUGUUCUCGGAAACGAACUCCAACUCGUCCGAGUUGAAUCUCGAGUCUCUCGCGGUUCUAUCUUCCUUCCCACUUUCUGAAUCGGAGUGUCUUUUGGUGUCCUCGGAUCCCGAUCGUAUUUCCUACCUAAUCUCUCUUCUCUCGCAUUCGUCUAUUGAUGUCCGAGUAAACGCAGCCUCCUUGCUUGAGAACGUCGUCGCCGGAACGAGAUCUCCGGAGCACAGAGCAGAAAUCAGCAAUCGCGAUGAGAUUUUCGACAGAAUUGUCGGAAUUCUGAAUUAUCCUUUGACAUAUCCGCGAGCAAUGAAAGUAGGAAUCAAGGCGUUAUUUGCUUUAUGCCUGGUGAAGCAACACCGUCACAAGGCGGUGGAGGCCGGAGCUGUGGAGGCACUGAUUGACCGGCUAGCGGAUUUCGAGAAAUGCGACGCAGAGAGAGCUCUAGCGACGAUCGAGCUUCUAUGCCGAAUACCACAAGGAUGCGCGGCAUUCGCGUCUCACGCGCUCAUCGUACCUCUGUUGGUAAAAAUCAUCCUGAAAAUAUCCGAUAGAGCGACGGAAUACGCAGCCGGAGCACUUCUGUCCCUUUGCUCGGCGGCGGAAGGGCUGCAGAGGGAGGCGGUGGCGGCGGGGGUGUUGACGCAGCUGUUGUUGCUUGUACAGAGCGAUUGUACAGAGCGUGCAAAGCGAAAAGCGCAAAUGCUGUUGAAACUGCUCCGGGAUUCGUGGCCGGAACAAUCGAUUAGGAAUUCGGAUGAUUUUGCGUGCAGCGACGUCGUUCCUUUUUGAUUCUGGAUGAUUUUUGUCCACUCUUUUUCUUUCUUUUCUCUAAUUUCAUUUUUAU